GACGCGACGCGGGUGGCUACGGGGUGGUGUUUUGGCGGUACGGCUGCGGGAAAGGAGCGGAGCUACUGGGAAGCUGCUGCCGGGAAGCCGCGACUGCGUUGCCGGCGCCGCCUCGCCGCGGUGGCCGUGAUGCGCUCCGCUCGCGGGUCCCCGCUCCCAGGAACCCCGACCGCCGAGUCGGACGCUGCCGAGCAGGUCUGUUCACUCUGACACAUUAGCAGAAUUAUAAAAUGGAGUAUUAAUUUGUGACUGUCAAUGAGAAACUGACUGAAAAGACUUUAACUCAGGACCCAGUGGACCUCACUCCGCUAAAGAAUGUUCAGCUGAGGGGGGCCCCAUCAACUGAAAGAAUUCGAGUUAAUGCAUCUCUCUGGUGAUGGGCCUCACACAACUUAGGCCUUUUAAAAACAUGGAGGGCUCUGGCACCGGGAGGCCUUCUGUAAUGGUGUGUGAGGACUGACUCCCAGGGCCUCGCCUGACCUCUGACCUGCCAGCAUGGGGAGGAUCGGCAUCUCCUGUCUUUUUCCGGCGUCCUGGCAUUUCAGCAUCUCUCCAGUGGGGUGUCCCCGAAUUCUGAACACCAACUUACGCCAAAUUAUCGUCAUUAGCAUUCUGGCUGCUGCUGUUUCACUUUUAUACUUUUCUGUUGUCAUAAUCCGAAAUAAGUAUGGGCGGCUCUCCAGAGAUAAGAAGUUUCAAAGGUACUUGGCACGCGUUACUGACACUGAAGCUACAGACACCAGCAACCCCAAUGUGCACUAUGGUAUCGUGGUGGACUGCGGCAGCAGCGGGUCUCGGAUAUUUGUCUAUUGCUGGCCAAGGCACAAUGGCAACCCUCAUGAUCUGCUGGAUAUCAGGCAGAUGCGGGAUAAAAACCGCAAGCCUGUGGUGAUGAAAAUAAAACCUGGCAUUUCAGAGUUUGCUACCUCUCCAGAGAAAGUCAGUGAUUACAUUUCUCCGCUCUUGAACUUUGCUGCAGAGCAUGUACCACGGGCAAAACACAAAGAGACCCCUCUCUACAUUCUCUGCACAGCUGGAAUGAGAAUCCUCCCCGAAAGUCAACAGAAAGCCAUUCUAGAAGACCUUCUGACCGACAUCCCCGUGCACUUCGACUUUCUGUUUUCUGACUCUCAUGCAGAAGUAAUUUCAGGGAAACAAGAAGGUGUGUAUGCUUGGAUUGGCAUUAAUUUUGUCCUUGGACGAUUCGAGCACAUUGAAGAUGAUGAUGAGGCAGUUGUGGAAGUUAACAUCCCUGGUAGCGAAAGCAGCAAAGCCAUUCUCCGUAAAAGAACAGCCGGUAUUCUCGACAUGGGAGGCGUCUCAACCCAGAUAGCAUACGAAGUCCCCAAAACUGUAAGCUUUGCCUCCUCACAGCAGGAAGAAGUAGCUAAGAACUUAUUGGCCGAAUUUAACUUGGGAUGUGACGUUCACCAAACUGAGCACGUGUACCGCGUCUACGUGGCCACGUUUCUUGGGUUUGGUGGUAAUGCUGCUCGACAGAGAUAUGAGGACAGAAUAUUUGCCAGCACAGUUCAAAAGAACAGGCUCCUGGGGAAACAGACUGGGCUGACUCCUGAUACUCCGUACCUGGACCCCUGCCUACCCCUGGACAUUAAAGAUGAAAUCCAGCAGAAUGGACAGACACUGUACCUGCGGGGGACGGGAGACUUUGACCUGUGCCGAGAGACCAUCCAGCCUUUCAUGAACAAAACGAACGAGACACAGACCUCCCUCAAUGGGGUCUACCAGCCCCCGAUUCACUUCCAGAACAGUGAAUUCUACGGCUUUUCCGAAUUCUACUACUGCACUGAGGAUGUGCUACGGAUGGGGGGAGACUACAGCGCUGCCGCGUUUACGAGAGCUGCGAAGGAUUAUUGCGCAACAAAGUGGUCGAUCUUGCGGGAACGCUUUGACCGAGGACUGUAUGCUUCUCACGCCGACCUCCACAGGCUCAAGUAUCAGUGCUUCAAAUCCGCCUGGAUGUUUGAGGUGUUCCACAGGGGCUUCUCAUUUCCCGUCAACUACAGAAAUUUAAAGACAGCUUUGCAAGUUUACGACAAGGAGGUUCAGUGGACCCUCGGAGCAAUCCUCUACAGGACCCGCUUUUUACCCUUAAGAGACAUCCAGCAGGAGACCUUCCGGGCCAGCCACGCGCACUGGCGGGGCUUCUCCUUUGUGUACAACCACUACCUGUUCUCGGGCUGCUUCCUGGUGGUCCUGCUCGCCAUCCUCCUCUACCUGCUGCGGCUGCGGCGCAUCCACCGGCGGGCCCCGCGCAGCGGCCCGGCCACCGCCGUCUGGCUGGAGGACGGCCUUCCGUCCCAGAAGAUCGCCGGUACCUUAUGAACCGGAGUUCGAGCCCCAGAAAGACUCUAAAGGAAAAGCCAUUUUUGCCUCAGGGUUUCUCCUCUUCAUUCUCAUUUGUUUUGUUUUUCCUUUCCCUUUUUGUUCCUCGAAACAAAACCAAAAUCCACUGUUCUUGAACUCUGCUGUCCUAGAAGCAUUGCAUUUAGCCGUUCUGUGUCCAGCUUUAAGUUGCGGAAUAGGGAAAAGGGAACAUCACUUCAUUUUUGCUGCAUAGGAUAUCUGCCAAAAAUUACUAAGGUUUUUGGUUGUUCUCUAAGGUAUAUUUGACUUUAAACAGAUGCACUUUAAUAUUGGAGGGAAACGGCAGGCUGUUCUCUGUCAGGGGAGGUGGGACCGAGGGGUGACGCUUUCACAGAACCAGAACACAUACCGACUGGACUGAUCAUCCCCUUUUUCUCUCUGUCUUGAAAGCGCUAACCUAAAGAGGGAGAUGUUUAGUUUUAUUUAUUGUUCAGGGCUGUUGCUGUUUGUUUUCUUUGCAGGUUUAGAAAAUCAAAACUGUUUAUAUCCAAAAUAGAGAGGUAUAGGCACCAGGAGGUAACAGUUUUUAAAAUUGACAGUGAAGAGACCUGAAAAAUGUGAAAUGAUGACCAGAGUGCUGUGUGUGUGUGAGGGUGAGAGUGCGUGUGCGUGUGUGUGUAUGAAAACCACUGAUGGGAGAGAGGGAGGGAGGGCAGGGCUUUCACUUUUAAAAGCACACACUUCAGAAUGCACUGUUUCAUUUCAUUUAGAAAAAUCAUUCCCUGUUACCGUUACUUCUUCUGACCACAGGUCGUUACUUUCUUCAUACCAUCUUUCAGCGGCCUUAGAACACUACGUUUUUGAGUUGGAAAAUUCAUAGUUCACUGGUUUCGGUGUUGUUAGAACUGGAGCUGGUGCUUGUCGACAGGCACGUCCUUAUUUCUCAGUAGUUCGUUUGUGCUUGUUUAAUCGUGCUCCGGUUUCUUCCAUCUUCAAGCUGGUAUCCCCCUGCCCUCGUAUUUCAGAGACCUAGCUUGACUGUCGCGGUUGAGGCGGUGCUGGCAGGGCCACUGUAAAUCCAAAUGAAGAGAAGAACUGAACACAGGAAAUCAACUCACAUUUUGAAGAAAACAAGUUUGACAUUUUACACAAAAACCUAAAAAGGACAGCUGGAUUGGCAUGUAUGAGAUUAGUGGUUUUUCACCUAUUCGUUUAGUUUAGAAGCUUUCGGAAUUCUCAUACAUAGUUUUUUAGGCGAUGUUCUUUGUGUGUGUGUGUGUGUGCACGCGCGCACACACAAGCUGUUUCUUAACUCCAGAACAGCUAAAUUCGUCUAGUUGGUAACAAACGUAUAUUUCGAGAAUCAUCAGCUACUUUUUAAAAAAAUCAGUGAUGAGAGAAAGAAUUCAGGUUCUGAAGCCCUUAUUUAAUUUAGAAAAAAUUUUUAGAUUUUCAUCUUGUCUAUUAAUUACUUAAAAACGUGGCAUACAGUAUAUUGAUGACUUAAAAUUACAAAUUUAUGAAAGAAAUGCAAAUCCUGUGAUUCUGCUCUUCAAAGUGAAUAUUCUAACAAUGGAAAAAUUAUUGGUAGAAAGUUUGCCUCUCAAAUAUAAAGAAGGUUAGAGGAGCUGUAUGGUGGUAUAGCAUCUGAUGUGUAGAGAGACUUGUUUCAGAGAGGAUGGAGACAGAUGUCUCUCGAAAAAUCCAGCUUCUGAAAUGCUGGUCUCCAGCUAUUUAAAUGCUUGGUCCCUCGUAAACACUGUUCCUUUUCAAGACGCAGCCACACACGAGCUGUGUCAUGGGUACCCCAGGGGCAUAGUGAGCUGGCGUGCUUCUCCUUGACUUCUUAAAGGAGGUUUGCCCUGUGGACUGUGGGUGGCAUUAGUGGUGAAGAAGAAGUAAGUUUACAUGUUAGCUUUUCUACCGCCAGCCAUUUGGAGUAGUAAGGCCCUAACCUGCAGAAUGAAAAUUUUCCAAUGCCUAGAAUAUGUGAUUUGGCCUUUCAAAUCAAGGCAAGGAUAAGCUAGCAUAGGCACAGAUCUAAAUAGGCCUAAACUAAGACCUCCUAGGAUAAAUAGCCACUUUUUAAAUAAAGGAUGCUAACGUGGUCCAGCUCUGUACCAUUUGGGGAGCGCAGUACAGACCAGCAUGGAGGAUCCAAGCCAGAGCAUCCAUCUGCAAGGACCUAACUCACUCUCCAAAAGAAGUCCCCAAAUUAGGGUUCCAAGGCCCAGCGGCCUUGUACUUUGCACAGUUCGGUGCCAUGUCCCCUGCCAAAGAACUCCCGGAGCAGGCCUGGCAAACUUGCCCACAGGGAAAAUCUAGGAGACCCUUGAGCUAAGAAUGGUUUUUCAAUUUUUAAAGGGUCAUUAAAGAAAAAAAAGUGACGGAUACACAACAGAGACUGCAUGUGGCCUGUAGAGCCUCAAAUAUUUACUAAGUGUCCCUUUACAGAAGACAUCUGCUGACCCUGCAUGGAGAGUCCCGUUCAAGAACAGAUAUACAGCCCCGUCCUCUUCAUUCAGGAAGGUGGUUACCACCCGUGAGCACGAAAAGAGGGGCAAGAGAAGUGACCAAACUUCAAUCUCAAAAUAGCUGUUUAUGCACCAGAAUUUUCGCUUAUCUUUUCCUCUAGAUUCUUUUCAAGAUCGAUUUUCUAAUAAACCAAGUAACAUACUUCUCCUUCCCCCUGCCCAAGUUUAAAACGUGCUGUUCAGGAGGGCUCCCAGUGUUGUGCUGAGAUGUCUGCAGUCCUGAGGAGGGCUCAGUAGCUUCUCCCCGCCCUGCACCAGGGCUGAGAAGACGGCCAGGAACUUUCUCUCAGCGAUGCAGGCGCAGGCUGGGGUGAGAGGCAAGCACCGGAGGGGCUUAGCUCAGGAAGCAAAGAAUAUCAAUUAAGGGCUGGCCAAGAAGGCGGUAAACUCUGAACACUUUUAGCAACAGAAAGCAAGAGAAAUUGGACUGGUGGGAACUUGCUAAAAGCCUCGCAAAGAACAGUGUUCUGUGUUAACUCUUGGUGGCAAGACUCCUCCAGUAAAGUCUUCUGUUCCAUCGUCAGAUCUGUGCUGCUCCUUUCUGAACCUCCAGAGGACGUUCUCGAAGAUUUUACAAUCCAUUUAAAAGUACAAACAGACUGAUCUGUACCGAUGGUUUCUGCCCAUUUUCACCCUAAACUGCUGGCUUUCUGCAGCACUCCCCACCUCAGGGGCUGGGGAGACGCUUGCUCUCCCGUCAUCACAGCUGUGCACCCAGGAGGGCAAGCUCUGGAUUACCCAGUGUUUAAAUUUGAAACUCAGGCCUACAUAGGAUACUUUCCCUUCUGAGAAACAUGCACCACUUAGCAAGAAACUCCAACAGGCAAAUGUGUUUUCCAAGCUUUUUAAAAAAAUCAGCUUUAGAAUUUUGUGUGGUAACGUGCAAUGCAGCAAAACUACCUAGGAGUAAAUUAUUUAGUUAUUUAUUUCUAUUUCAGGGUUUUGUUUUUUAUGAUUUUUAUUGAUUUUCCCCUUCCGUAAUGAAUGAUGUGACCAACCAAGGAGAAUUCUUUGUUCUGUUACUGAGAUUAUAUUUUGCGUUUAGGAAUUAUACAAACUAAGGGAGCAUCUUUAAAUGUUUUUUAUUUAAAUGAUGUUUUCCAUUCAAAGAAUUAAUUGUCUUCGGGAGAUGGUUGUGGUGUCUAUCACUUUCUAUAUUUGGCAACCUCACACUGCCACACUCCACACGGAUGAGUGUCGAGAAUAAAAAGUUCAUUCGGUGGCCCACAGACUCUGUGUGAGCUCGCUUUCUUGGGAUUUAAAGAGAUUUUUCUCUGAUGUUUGAAUCGUGUUACCUGUUAGAAUGCUUAGUUGAACUUGAAUCUACAUUCAGUCAAAUAAAUUGUCUGAGUCUGCGCACUCCAUGCCUUUGCUGUAUCUGGCGUGUGUGUAGUGAAACUCUGCUGUGUGUGGGGCGGAAGGAGGGGUCCAGGCGUCCUGCAGCAGGGAAACCAAGUAUCUCACAAGGAGAAAUAUAUACCAUGGUGUAAUAGCAACCCCUUCAUCAACAAUAAAGGCCAUUCUGAGA